AAAGGUAAAGUGUGUGUGAGAUGCACUUUGACUCAGCACUCCUAGGGACACCCAGACCACUGGUUGGCUGAGGACAUGGUGCUCAACUGUGGGACGUGCCCAGAACUGCAGAUGAAGAGCUUCAGAGGUGCUGCCCAGCUGCCUGGAACGCUUAAAGUGACAGGAGGUGCCCCACUCUCCCCUGGGAUAAGCAGGUGGCUGAGGCAGCCUGUGACCCCUGUCUCACUGUCACAGGUCCCACUGCGAAUGUCUUCACAGAGAUGUUGGACCCUGCUGUCUCGUUUCCUCCUUCUUGCUCUUUUCCCCUCAGCCAUGCCUCCCCCUCCCCACGGCUGCUCUGCCUGCCCUGGCGCAGGUGCUGCAAGCCCUGGCAUUUUUCUGCUCUUUUCUUCCCUUCAGUUUUUGGCUGGUUGGUUGGUUGCUUGGUUAGUUGCUCGGUUGGUUGGUUUUUGUUUCUGUUUGCAUGUGUUCUUUGGUUUGGUUUUAUUUGAUUUGGUUCAGUUCAGUUCAGUUUGGUUCGGUUCGGUUUGGCUUGGUUUGCAGCACUGGGGAUCUAACCCCAAGGCACUCUGCCACUGAGCUACAUCCUCAGAUUUUUUUAUUUUUUUGAGAAAGGGUCUCACUAAAUUGCCCAGGCUGGCCUCAAACUUUCUAUUCUCCUGCCUCAGCCUCCUGAAUUCCUGGGAUUACAUAUGUGCACUGUUGCACCCAGCCUUUCUCCUCAAUUUAGUGCAAACUUCGGUACUUUAUGAAAUACUUUUUCUAGGACCUGUUCCAUUAGGGGUAGGGGUGUUUCAUGAGCAAAUAGGAUAUAGUAUAAUGUAUCAAAGUAAUUACAGUACACCAGAAGCAUACCAGCAGCUAAGCUUGACGUCUUCCAUCUCCUUCCUUGUCCUGCAGGACUACACCCAAAACAGCUUCCCAUUGCCCACACCCUAUACACACCCCACGGCCCCUCCUGAUCUAACCAUCCCAGCCCUCUCAGACUCUGCCUGUCUUCCUUGGACUGACACUUCCACCCUAAAUCUACAAAUAGCCUUGCCUAAACAACUUAUUCUACCCUUUUAAACUUUUCCAGGGAUUAGGAGAUGCAGGAGUUAUCAAAGCUUAUAGGUGAGAAAGCAGUGCAUUUCCUGGCUCCACUGCUAACCAACUGGGAGACUUUGGGCAAGUUGUUUAACCUCUGAGAGCCUCAGUUUCCUCAUCUGUAAAAUGAGGAUAAGAGUACAUACUUUAUAGGAUUAACAUAAGAAUAAGUAUAUAACAAUGAUCACAACCAAUAGCAAAGAAAUACACUCUUAUCAAAAUAGGUUAUACAUUUCCCCACAGAGUUCUAGUUGUAAGGAGAAAAACAUACAAUGUAAUACUACUAACCUGACAUUUUGUGCUUCCUAGACUGAUACAACAAGAAUUACAUACCACCUCUUAUGAAGUAUUCUGUCCAAAAGUUGUAAUUUGAAACUAGUCAGGCCAGUGCUAACCAAAAGAACCUUAUGAGAUGGUGGAAAUGCUUUUUAUCUGUACCUUCCAAUAAAGUAGGCACAAAUUAUGUGUAGUAAUUGAGGAUUCACAUAUGGAUAGUGCAACUGAGGAACUAGAUAUUUUAUUUAUCAUUGAUUUAAAUGUAAAUAACCACAUAUACCUGUUGCCUACCACAUUGUACAGCUUUAGAUCUAACUUUCCGUGUUGUAGAAAAUACAAGGGGGAGAGCCACAGGUUAAAUCCCCUAUAAUCUAUUUUUUUUAAUCCUAGGACAAUUGGAAUGUUGAGUAUGGAAUGCAUACUGAGUGGUUCUUUGGAAUUAUAGUUAAUUUUCUUGCAUGUGAAAAUGGCACUAUCCUUAUUCAUCAGAAAUGUGUGCUGAAGGGGCUGGGGCUGCAGUGUAGCCCAAUGGCAGGGCAUUUGUCUGCUCAAGGUCCAGGUUUCAAACCUCAUUCCACCAAAACAAAAUCAGAAAUAUGUGCUGAAGUGUUUAAGGAUUAUAUGCCACACUUUCUGAAACUGCCAAAUAACUGGGCAAAUGUGACCUAAUUAUAACAACUGUUGAAUUUGGAAAGAAUGUCUAUUAGCCUUUGUUAUAUUUCAACUCCUCUCUGUUUGAAACUCUCCUAAUAAAACUUGAAGAAGACGUAAAAGAUAAAUAUCUAACAACCUGCUGACUGCUGUCCUGGUAGGAAAAUCCGAUGGUUUUCAACAGCCCACUGCAGAAUCUGUGGUUGGGGAAAUCCACAUCUGUAUUUAGCAGUGUUUCAGUCACUGUGGCAUGGAAAUUUCGAGGUGUUUUUUGUUAACAUCCCAGCCUUCCCUGGGAGCACCCACACACACACACAUCACAUCACAUUCAAGGCACAGCCCCUUCUGCUGGCUGCCUCCCUCACCUCCCUGCAUGCUUUCCCUCCUGUCCACAGAAAGUGCAUGCCCUGCCAGGAAGGCACUUUGAAGAUGAAACAUGCUGAGUCCCCCGAGGGCUCAGGGGCUGGCGUGCUGUAAAAAGAAGAGGGUGCGGACCACUCCACCAUUAAAGCACAUUCUGAAGCAGCGUUGCACAGCUCUAACCGCCCAAGCCCAUAAAGCUCAAUUGCCCCAACCCAUCCUCCCGGCAAAGCCCCUACACAACCCGAGCAUAAAUAGGACUGAAGCACUCCGAGGAGCACAUUGGAGUUUCCACAAGAACUCGAGAUAGCCCAUCCGCCCCUUGCAGAACACACCUUCAGAAGCACCAUGACCUGCGGAUCUGGAUUCAGAGGCCGUGCCUUCAGCUGCGCCUCAGCCUCCUGCGGGCCCAGGCCAGGCCGCUGCUGCAUAACCGCCGCCCCCUACCGCGGCAUCUCCUGCUACCGCGGCCUCUCAGGAGGCUUUGGCAGCCGCAGCGUCUGCGGGGCCUACCGCACCGGCUCCUGCGGCCGCAGCUUUGGCUACCGCUCAGGGGGCAUCUGCGGCCCCAGCCCGCCCUGCAUCACCAGCGUGUCGGUCAACGAGAGCCUCCUCACGCCCCUCAACCUGGACAUCGACCCCAAUGCGCAGUGCGUGAAGCACGAGGAGAAGGAGCAGAUCAAGUGCCUCAACAGCAGGUUCGCUGCCUUCAUCGACAAGGUGGGUGACCUGCACCGCACCCUUCCUGAACCCUUGCUCCUGGGCACCACCAGGGCUAGACACAGAGAAGGGAAUCAGAUUCAGAAAGACCUCUGCCUCACUGAGACCACACAUAACCCACUUUGUUCUUUCCUGGGCCCCCAGAACACCAAGCUGGAGACUGCAGUGACCCAGUCUGAGCAGCAGGGUGAGGCUGCCCUCAACGAUGCCCGCUGCAAGCUGGCAGGGCUGGAGGAGGCCCUGCAGAAGGCCAAGCAGGACAUGGCCUGCCUGCUCAAGGAGUACCAGGAGGUCAUGAACUCCAAGCUGGGCCUGGACAUCGAGAUCGCCACCUACAGGCGCCUGCUGGAGGGCGAGGAGCAGAGGUUGUGUGAAGGCGUUGGUGCUGUUAAUGUCUGUAAGUAUUUGGGGUUCAGUAUGGACAGAUUUACUUCUUUUGUGAGGGAGGCAGCAUCUAGAAAGCACAUUCUCAGUGAAAGUCCAACAUAAAAGAAUGGGCUGUAUUACAGCAGGAGCAAUUUGGGGCCAGACAGUAAAAAAAAAGACCACAGCUUUGGGAGUUGAAUGAAGAAUCCUCAACUGCAGAUGCCCUGACUUUAAUCCCACU